AUGGCGGAGCAAUUAACAGCAUGCGCGCGGCAGCUAUUCGAGGGCGUACCCGGAAGUAGCGAACAAAAAGCAGCCAACGCAUGGCUAAUGGAAUUUCAAAAGAGUGAUGAAGCUUGGCAGGCGGCGCUGCAGCUUUUAAAGACGCCUGCGCGCAAUCCUCAAACACAACAGAUACUAGCGGCUCCGGAGCUCAUGGCCAUGCAAAUCUUGCGACUUAAGACGCAAAAUCAGUGGACGCAUAUUAAUGAGCACCAACAAGAGAUGGUUUGGCAGACCUUGUUGAAGUUGCUAAAGACGACGUGCGUGGCAGACGGUGGUCUUUCAGCCUCUAGUUGCCGUAUUGCUUGUGCCACGUUAGCAGAUAUUGUGGUCAAAUGCUGCACGACGUGGACAGGAUGGAAGAGUGAUGUACAGCACCUAAUAAAUGCAGGUGUUGCUGCUCAGAGGCAAGGGAUUGCGGCAACAAUGCUAGUCGAUAUUCUUGGAGCUAUUCCGAUGCAAAUUCGGGCCUCAGAACGCAUGUGGACAGAAGAAGAGAUGCAUGUGAAGCUGACGGGGCUUCAGGCUGAAGGAGAAGAAGUUAUGACAGCAGUGCAAAUGAUUUUGACAAACAUAACUGGUGAGACGAGUAGUGCACUCCGUUGUCUGGAAGGUUGGGUUGUUGGUUGUGUUCCUAGCAACGAGGCAUUUGGUUUGACUAUUGCUCACCUUUUCACUCGUGGACUGAUUGAUGUGCUUCUCACGCUUGUCAUCAGUGAUAAUGAGGAACACUCACAGCUAGCUGCUGAUAUUGUCGCGGAUUCAGUUGUGACAACGCAUAUAGAACCGGCGUCUGAAUGUUUGAUUAGUGCAGUACUUCACACAAGUCAUUGUCUUGUCAGAAUGAUUGCACUUUUCCAGGCAGAUGCAUACUUUUCGACAGGCAAAGCCAUGAUUAAAGAGCAGCAGAAGAUUGUUUGUGGGUGUAUCUCACGUAUCGCGUGUUCCUUAGCCCUGAAUCAUGCUCGUACACUCUUUUCAAAACAAGCAGGUGCUUCCAAAAUCGGUAGUAAGGACUGCAAUUUCCGAAACCUGUCAACCGAAUUUUUAGAGCUGCUCCUUGCUUGUUCCUCGUUCGAUGACAUUGAUGUCGUGCAACCUACGCUGGAGUUCUGGUUCUUUUUUCUCGAGGCCAACUUGACGGAUGACAUAUCAUGGCAAUUUCGGGACGCAGCGGGGCAGGAGUUUGUGGUCAGCAUUCUGUCACGCUUAGUCACUGCACUGAUUGAGCAGUGCAAAUAUCCGCGGUGGUUUGUUGAAAGCCAACAGAUUAUGAGCGACGACCCGGAGAUUGAGGCGAUAUCAACUCUGCGCCGAGAAAUCGCGGAUACAUUGCUGAGCCUGUUUUACAAAUGGCCAAAACGUUCACAUGAAUUUGAAGCAAAUCAUGUUUCCUGUGUGAAGGGCUUGUGCCAACUGUUGUCGGGUUGCAAAGAUAUCGCGUUAAUUGAUGCGCUACUUUUCUUGCUCUCGUAUAUGAUUGAGCUUUUUGAUGUAUCAUCAGAUUUAGGAUCAAAGGAAGACUCAGACUCGUCACCAGAUCCAACAUUCGAUGGAGUCAAUGUGCUGUUAGAGGUUCUGAAAUGCACUGUUAACCUGCCCAUACACCCACUCACGAUUAAUGGCGUCGCCCGAUAUCUACGAACACUGAGUAUAUCGCUGGCAUUGCCAGCCAACGUUAACCUUCAUACUUCGAUGGUCAUUUGUCAAGGACUUCAAUACAAAUCGUCGUUUUCAGUAGCAGUGCAGUCGCUGCUGCACAGUAGCGCAUCUCUAACCAAGUAUACAACAUUUGAAGAGAGAACACAAUUACUGCAUGAGCUAAUCCACUACUGCAGCACGCUACAAAACAAAAUUACCCAAGAGAGUGAAGGAAAUUUAUUAGAAGUGACUUUUCGAAUGUCAAGCGGCGCAUCAAGUGCAGAUUUUGGUGCAAUAUGCUCAACAGUUUUAUAUAGCCUAAUUGCUUCCGCGCAGCGUGGAAACUCGAUUGAAGGGUCGAGGAGCAUUUAUUUAUUGGGCCGAGCACUAAGUGGUGUCCAGGAUCAAGAGCAUGGAUACGCGCUAGUCGAUCAACUUUGGGCUGUCGUAGCUGCGUCUCUACUUCGCCAUACGGGAGAUGAAAGCUAUCGUCGAGCCGGAGUUGUGUUUUUUAUAAACGUUGUCUCCCAUCUUCAAAAGGGUUACGGUCCAAUUGAAGCUCAAAUUCUUGACUUGUGUUUAUGCUGGUACGGUGACAGCAUUGCUCCUGAUGUUCUUACUUGUUGCUCCCACAUAUUUGCAAGACAGCAAAACAAUACGGAUUUUCUUGUGUCAGCUGAGCAUAAUUUUAAGCACCUUGUUGGUGGGUUUUGUGGCAAAUUGCACCAAGUUUCAGGAGCCAAGUCAUGUGAUGAUAACGUAUCAAUGACGAUCUACUUAUCGCAGCACCCCAAAGCAAGUGAUGUCAUAUUAGAGAUCAAAGAAUUUCUGGGUCUGGCACGAGAAGUGUUGAACUAUUAUCCACAAAACUUGUCAAAAUUGCGUCCAAACGGAGAGCCAAGCUUGUAUUGGGUUUGCCUGGAUCUGGCAACAAGUCUCGUAAGACUAGAUCAUAAAGAAACGUGUGAUGCUGCAUGCCAAUUUCUUCUUGGUGCGAUGCAUUGCCAGUCUGAGCUGAUUUUGGAAAAUAUCAAAAUGUUUACGAUAGAAAUCGUGCGAAUUGUACUGAGUUUUCUGGACCCAAGUCGAAAGCACAAUUAUGUUCGAAGUCUCUGGGAUUUUUUUUAUCAGUGUAUACACGCCCCUGAUAUUUCCAUUCAAAUUCGAGGUAGCUUUCUGACUGCUGUGUCGACUGUGGUGCUCGAAGAAGGACUUCUACGCUCAAUCUUAUCAAAUCAAAUGUGCCAAAACUUGCCUGGAGAGCUGGAAAAGCGUCGCCAGCGACAUCGCUUCCGAUUAUAUUUCACAGAAUUGGGGCAUGCUGCUGAUGCGGCAAAUUCAUCUAUAAUUUAG